AAUUGAAGUGAGUGUAAAAAUCCCCAAAUAGUAACCUUUUAGGGUUUAUUUUUACUUUUCUCACCUCCUUCGAUUUCACAAUCGACAAUCGUUUUGACAAUGUCGAGUAUCAUCAGCAGUCAGAUGGAAGAAAUCAAAAUUCUCAUAUCAUCUAAUUCAAAAACAGACCAAUCGUUAGGUUAUUCAACUCUUUUACACUUCCAAGAACAGUCCUGUGACAGUCCUCCUUCAAUCCAAGCCCUAAUUCAAAGUUCUCGAUGUCUUAUUAAUUCAAUCGUCUCCGAUAUCCACAAUGAAGAUGAAGAAAUAGCUGCUCAAGCUUUGAAGUGCUUGGGAUUUAUGAUCUAUCACCCUUCUCUCGUUGCUACAAUUCCUGCUGGAGAUGGUAAACGAGUUUUAGAGUCAUUGGCUAAACUCAUCACGUUUACAAAAAUGAAGUCAGUUUGCAAUUUAGGCGUGUGGUGUAUAUCGAUGCAACAAUUCGAUGCGACACUUUUAGCUGCCUGCUUUGAUACAUUGUUGCAGGCGGUUGUUCAUGCCCUUGACAAUCCUAUUGGUUCAUUGUCAACAACGUUCGAGGCCAUGCAGGCUGUGGCAAAGCUAGUGGCCCAAAUGAGUGAAAUGAUGCGAGAAUCAUCGCACUUAUGGGCUCCUCCUAUAUAUAGAAGACUUCUCAGCAUUGAUAAGAGAGAGCGGGAUAUGUCUGAGAGGUGUCUUUUGAAAAUUAGGUCUACAAUACUUCCUCCUCCAAUAAGUCUUUCCAAGGCUAUUAUUGAAGACAUGAGGGAAAAAUUGCUGACAGGGAUGAAGGACUGGUCAGACAAGGGUAUGAAGGUUCAAACUGUCCAGGCGUGGGGGUGGUUCAUCUGCUUCCUAGGAUCUGGUGCCUUGAAGAACAGACAUCUGGUGAAUGAUAUGUUGAAAGUUCUUGAGCAAACAUUUUCAGAUCACAACCCACAAGUCCAGAUUGCUUCUCUGGUUGCUUGGCAAGGUCUUAUUGAUGCCCUGGUUCAUCCUCAAAUACUGUCUUGCAAGAAGAAUGGAAUUCAACAGUUGCAAACGUCACCAGGAAAAAGUAGUGAAUUGGUGUUAAAUGGAUUUUCAAAAAGCUUAAAGCUCGCUAUGGCACCUCUAAUAGGAAUCAUUUCAAGUAAAUGUGACGUUUCUGUUCUCUUGUCCUGCCUAAACACAUGGUGUUAUCUUCUACAUAAACUUGAUACCUUCAUCAACUCUCCGUCAGUAAUUAACGUGGUACUGGAUCCUAUGUUUCAAGCAAUUUUUAAGAUAGGACCUGAUAGUAAAAGUAUUCGGUUAUGGAAUUUGUGCCUUGAUUUGCUUGAAGAUUCUAUAUCAACAAAGUGUUCAGAUUUGAACUCUGAUCCAAAGGACCAGGUAAACCUUCAUCUUUCUGCUAGAACCUUCAUUUCUGGGUCGGGCAGGUAUUCAUGGAAUCAAUAUCCUAUUAAAUGGUUGCCUUGGGAUCUUAGUCAGUUGGAUUUCUACUUAAAGAUGAUUAGUAUUAUCAUUACUCAUGUGGCAACAGCAACAGCUGCCCCUGAAAGUAAAAAAUCAGUGUGUGAUGCAGCUGUCAGGAUAUUUAGAUCUGUUUUAAAGGGUGUGCAAAUGGAGUUUAGAAAUCCAUCAAAUAAUUAUGAUAACAUAAUGUUCUGUUUGAACACAAUAUUAAGUUUCAUGAAGAAAUUAGGCGAAGAUGCUAGUUCAGAUGGUGGUGGUGACUUAUUUAAUACUUCCCUUUAUUUAAUAGAGGCCGCUGUGGAGGAGUUAGAACCGUCUAUUAUGGAAUCCCCUCUUUACAAGGUGGCUUUAGACAUCAGUUAUGUUGGCAGUCUGGAUUCAGUUAAACAUUCAAAAAUACCGCAUCGAUGUUCUUUUAUGGAUAUGUUUUCACCUAUGGUCUAUCUAACUGUACUCUACCUUGGUUUGGUGGUUCAAUUAACUAUAAAUACACCUGAGAUGGAAUUGAUUUUACAGAGGCUUCAAAGAUUUUAUAAAUUUGUACUGUCUUCUGAUGAUCCCCUGGAAAGUUUUCUUGCUUCUGUUGGUUUUUUGUAUGCGCACAAGGGUUUUAAGUACAUGGAGAUAUGGAUGGUGAUGGUGACAUGUCUGAAUGGCUAUAUUGAUGGUAUGAAGGAUCUCUCUCUAUUCAGAACAGAUUCUGACAAUUCGUUUUAUAGGGCCAUAUGCCAUCUCUUAUCAUAUCCAUUCAUUUUGUUCUCUUGUGCUAAGAAAGAUAUAACCCUGUCAAAAGCUAGCAAUUCCCUGAAAGAAUCUUUUGUUUUAUCAGAGAGAAAACUUGAACAGGUUAUUGAGGUUUGGAAGUCCUUAUUUGGUUCUGUUUGUGUUGCAUGCUUGAAGUCUUCUGCUACAAACACUCUCAGUCAUGAUCUGUGUGCAAUGUUAAAUUCAUGUUUCGAUGAAAACAGUAGCAUGUUUCAGUAUAAUAGUGAGCUUGGUUACAAGGAUCUGGAGCUUGCUUGCCUUUCUUUCUCUGGCAAGGUUUUGGUAUGUAUUUUGGAACAGAAACUGACUUCAGAUACGAUCGGCAGAGAAUGUGUUGGCGUCUGCAAUGGAUCCAGUGGCAUUAAUAAUAUUUUCGAAUUUGCUUCCAGAGUCAUGAAAUUCAUGUACAUAAACAUGGGAAGGGAACCAGCUUCUGGUCUUGUGAGUUCAAGGGUAUUCUCUACGUUGACACGCUUCAUUAGUUGCCUUCACUCAAAGCAAGAUAUUCUUUCAUUUUUCGAGAUAAUAUCCGGUCUGCUGCUUCAAUGGUUAUCACAUCUAGAGAUAAAGGAUGAAAAUGCCAAAGAUCAACUCGGAAUCCUAUUGGCUGAGAGCCUCAAUUGUUUACAGAGGAGUCAGCCACCGCUAACUUUCGAUUCUUCUUUCCUCAAACUUCAAGCAUCCCUCCUCGAGAAAACUCUGGAUCAUCCGAAUACCUCCGUUUCUGAUCCGACCAUAAUCUUUUGGAACUCCACAUAUGGCAAGCAAAUCAGCUUGGAUUACCCCCAAAAUCUACUUCAUGUUCUACACAAGUUGUCAAGAAAUGGAAGAAUAAGCCUCUACAAUCGAAGCAAAUCAUUUUUGGCAAGAUGCUCCACGCUAGAAAAUGACACCGUCAUCACCCCACGGUAUUGCAAGAUCACCCCAACACAGAAGAGCUCUAAAAGAGUCGAGUUAACAGAGGAGGGUAUGAUUCCCGGAUCUAACCAAAACAAUAAGCCACCAUCGAAUUCAAAACGAAAGAGAGUGGAACUAACGGAGCAUCAAAAGGAAGUAAGACGAGCGCAGCAAGGAAGGGAGAGGGACUGCAAUGGACACGGUCCUGGGGUCCGAACUUAUACAAGUCUCGACUUUUCGCAGGGAAACCAAGAGUUGCAAGACAGUCAGGACAUUCGAGAUUCGGAAGCCAUGUUGGAGAUGUUGAGAAGAGACAAUUAGCUAGAGCAGCGGGUGCUGUUGCGAAACUGAUUGUAAAGGAGGGGAAAUCGGCCACAUUAAAAUUACCUUCUGGGGAGGUCCGUUUGGAUGACUGUUUUCUAUUAAGUGAUGUUGUAUGAUAGUUUCACAUAUUAAUUCCCUACUCGGUAUAUGUAAAUAUUAAUAUAAAAUAAUAUAUUUUAAUAUAUAUUAUUUUUGAAUAGUGA